AGCUCAUUUUAUAAUCUCUAAUUUACGGAGGUCAAAGCGCAGUAACAUGACAGAAAAGAGCUCGACUUGCUACGAUUUUUUGUCGCGGAAUAGCCUUAUUAUCAGUGUGUUGAUUGGUGUAGGGGUGGGGUUUGCUUUCGGCUUUGGACUGAGGGUGGUGGAACCAUCAAGUGACGCCUUGACAUGGAUUGGACUACCUGGCGAGAUCUACAUGCGGAUGCUGAAAAUGACAAUUCUUCCCCUUGUCGUCUCUACCAUCAUAACAGGCACAGCUUCCAUGGAUCCUAAAUCGAACGGACGCAUCAGCGGCCUGUCGCUGAGUUAUAUCAUAAUUACUAACUCCAUCGGUGCCAUCAUAGCAGUCGUUGUCUUCUUAAUCAUUCAGCCUGGAAAAGAUAUCGAGGUUCCUAGUUCUGACAAUGUUGACACCAUUCACACGGACAUAAAAACAAGCGACAUGUUUGCAGACAUGAUCAGAAAUCUUUUCCCUGAUAACUUGAUUACAGCAUGUUUUCAAAAGACUCAGACAACUUACUCUCACUCUGCUCACAUAGUACUGAAGAACGGGACUAACAGUACAGUCACGGUCACCGACAAAUCUGUGUCCUCCACAGCCGGCCUCAACAUUUUGGGACUUAUUAUUGCCUGUACUCUGUUUGGUAUAUCUGCAAGCAAAAUCGGGACACGUGCCAAACCUUUUACAGACUUUUUCGAGACGAUAUCAAUUAUUGUCAUCCAUCUUUUAAAUUGGAUUAUUUGGUUGACGCCCGUUGGAGUCGCCAGUCUGAUUGCGGCCGCCAUUUUGAAGGCGUCCGACAUUGCCUCAGUGUUUAGCAGCCUUGGAAUGUUCGUACUGGCGCAUUCUGUCGGGAUCGUCUUCCAUCAGCUGGUCCUCAUCCCUAUAACAUAUUUCAUUGCAACCAGGAAGAACCCUCUGUUCUUCCUUGCUGUCUGUCUCCGACCCUGGCUGACGGUAUUUGGGCCCCCAAGCACAGCCAUUGGCAUUCCGGAAAUGCUGAGGAUUCUGGACGUAAAGCUACACGUGGACUCAAGGAUUUCUAAUUUUCUGGUGCCAGUUGGAGCCACCCUUGAACGAAUGGGAAGCUGUUUAUUCAUCUGUUUAUCGGCCCUCUUUAUGGUUCAAUUAGAGGGCAUGCCACUAGGUGUCUCCAAUAUACUGCUGAUAGGGUUGCUGUCAGCUGUCGGCUCUCUAGCGGUUCCGUCUGUACCUAGCGCCAGCAUCGUUUCCAUACUUGUUGUUUUAUCGUCUUUGGACGUUCAGGUUCACAACAUCGGUUUACUUAUGGCUUUGGAAUGGUACAAUGAUCGUAUCCGGACAACAAGUAAUACUAUGACAAUCAUCGUUGGAGCGGUGGUUAUUGACAAACUCUGUAAGGCAACACUGAGUGACUCCCAGGAGUCAGCCCUCGAAACAAAAACAAUUGCCACCGAGGCUAGCAUUCAAGUCGUGAACGAGAACGGAGUUACUGAAAGCGAAAAACUUUAGAUACGACCUUAAGAGAGAAGAAUCAACACAUGAUAGUUUUGAUUUUCUGUGUUUUGUUGAUAGAAGUUAUAUUGUAAUUAGGAAAGCCCAGAACAAGCAACUGAUAUUAUUAGAUUGCAAAGGAUUAUACAUCUACCCAAUCGCAGCUUCUCGGGCCUUUCCAGCAGGCUCGGAAAAACACCUCGAAUGUAUUAACAUUACCGGAUGUUAGAAUUUUAUACAAAAUGGAGUCGCUUCCCAUUAAAAUAAGUAUCGGCUAGACAGCCUUAUAAGUCGCUUCUGUGUUAUAUUUUAGGGUAUAUCAUUUACUUUAUUGAAGUCUUGCUUACAUCUCAACAGAUCGUAAAAUGUGUUGUAUUUAUAUUAAGAUUUAUAAAAAGGGGGGUUGUCAUGGACGCCUAGAUAAUACAUUCUAUGUGUUUUUCCGAGCCUGCCGGAAAGGCCCGAGAAGUUGCGAUUGUACAUCAACCUUGAUUAAAAGAGUAAUUCUAGUAUAUUUGAUGACAGGAAGUUAACUGUACCUGGCGGAAGAUGUUUUGUUAUGGGUUUGGCCAUUCAGUCGCUGGCUGAGCUGUUGAUUGUACGUUGUCGCAUUAAGUACAAGUCAGUCAUUCACUUCCAUGACGGAAACGGUGAAGAAAAACCUGCAGAGACUUACUAUUAUGAUCAAGUGUAUUUCUAGUUUGACGAGUUUUAUUCCUUCAAAGUAAUGAUCAGCAACUUUUUUGAAAUUGCAAGCUACUUGAUUAAAUAGGAGUUACAUGUUGUUUUUCAAGCUUAUUUUCAUUUUGUUUUUUCUUUUCGCAAGUGUUUUGGAAUACCAUGUUUGUUUAUAUGUUUACUCAACGCUGUAAUCACCCUGAAGAGAAAACAAAAUGUCGUUGUCA